UCUCAACCGGAAAACGAACCCGUUUCCAUGGAAACUCCUUUCCUCCCGCGCUCAACGUCAGGAGUGUGAAAGGAAUAUUUGCCCGGGUGCAAACCGAAGUUCGUGGAGUGGAGCGUUCCGCUUCCUAACAGGGUGCGAGAGUCAUCGUGGAGAAAGGCCCGGGUUUAAGCGAGGGGUUUUAUUAUGUGUGUAUGGGGAAGGGAGGCCGUAGUUUCCUGCACUGACCGUCCUUUUCUUGUGUGAAGGCCGUAGUUUCCUGCACUGACCGUCCUUUUCUUGCAGGUCAACCUUCUGAAUAUGCACGGCAAGUGCCCCUUCUGCCCGGCGUGGCACCUUCCUCGGGGACUGGCCCUGGGACCGUCGCUGUCCUCGGAGAAGGGCCUGGGAGUAUGGUGUGUGGGGCACGCUCUGGAGCCGGGAAUGUCGCUGCUUCUUGGGCAGCAGGUCGAAGAACAGAAGGCGGACGCUUCCUUGUCGGUGAGCUUCAGACAGCGGGCAAGAGCGACAGGCAUGUCCAUUAUCCAGUUGGAAAGAGGCAUCUGCUUGCAAUGGAAUAUCCAGCUGGAAGAGCCUGGUGAAGCAAAGCCGUGUUGAAGAUGAAGCCAAUGUAAUGUUGGAAUGGAUAAAUGGGGAACUACACAUCAAAGUCUGCUGUCCAGUUGAUGUGGGCAGCGAACUGCUAUGCUGGUUAAUUGAAUCACAGGACAGUCCUAAUUGUCUGAAAAAUAAUAUCCUAGCACAUACCUCAGAUGGGGAGCUUGAUACAGAAAAGAAAACACUGCAAAAAAUGCCAGUAAUAACCACAACCAAGACCAGAGAUUUAGAAGAGGAAACUUUGCUUCAAAAAGAGGAUAUUGUCCAGGAUUCUUCUGCAGGUAUUCCUGGUAUUUCCAAGUUUGCAGGACAGGAGUUGAAGGACAGAACCCGCUGUGUUUCUAUGUUGAAUAAGAAGUUACAGAUGGAACAGAUUCUUGGCUUAGAUGUCAAUCUCAAGAAAAGCAGUAGAAGUUCUUCCUUGCAAAUUGAACAAUGGAAUACUAAAAUAAAGAGUAGAAAUAAUAAACUUUCAAACAAACAUCCUGUUUCCAAGGAUGAUGAAGGCAAAGAAGAUUCUCAGGAAGAGCAGAUGGCUGAGAUAAAGUCAGAUGCCACAUUGGCUGAAACCUGUUCAAACCGAACACCACGCAGUGCAGUUUGUAUCAGUGCCGUUUUGACUGAUAAUGUAGAGCCAUUAAGGAAAGAAUCUUGUGCUGAAAGAAUCCCAAAUGGAUAUCUUCCAAGUGUACCCAAAGACAGGGCAGAGAAUCCUAGACAAGAGGAACAGUCACAUAGAUACAAGCCUGAUGAUUCUGCUCACACAGAAUCAAGCACUAAAAGACGGCACAGGUGUAAAGAGUGUGGGAAAGCCUUCCUUCAGCUUUGCCACCUGAAAAAACAUCAUUUUGUGCACACUGACCACAAACCAUUUUUGUGCACAGAAUGUGGCAAGAGCUAUAGUUCAGAAGAGAGUUUCAGAGCGCAUAUGCUGGGCCACAGCGGAGUACGGCCUUUUCCCUGCUCACAGUGUGAUAAAACAUACGGCACCAAGCGUGAUCUUCAAGAACACCAGGUACUGCAUACAGGCCAGCGUCCCUACAUCUGUCCAGAUUGUGGAAAAUCAUUUGCCCGUCGACCUUCCCUUCGUAUCCAUUGCAAGACACAUCAAGUUAAACAGCCAAACUCUACCUCUUCUGCCUACCAGUGUGUGAUAUGUGGACGGCACCUGGCCAAUCCAGGAUCACUGCGGAACCACAUGCGCCUGCACACAGGGGAACGUCCUUAUACUUGUCCCUACUGUCCCAAAUCAUUCCGUCAGCAAGGCAAUCUACGUGGGCAUCUUAGGUUACAUACAGGGGAGCGUCCUUUCCACUGCCAUUUCUGUGGAGAUGCCUUCCCACAGCAUCCUGAGCUGCUCCGUCAUCUGAUUUCCCACACAGGUGAGGCUUAUCUGUGCACAGUAUGUGGGAAAGCACUGCGUGAUCCCCACACAUUACGAGCUCAUGAACGCCUGCAUACAGGCGAGCGGCCUUUCCGCUGCCACCUUUGUCCCAAAUCCUAUCCUUUAGCAACAAAACUCCGACGUCAUCAGAAAGCCCAUCAUGAUGACAAACCCCAUCAGUGUAACAUUUGUGGCAUAGGCUACAGCCUCCCUCAGAAACUUCAGCGCCACAAGCUUGAGCACAAAGACGAUAUAGUCAAGGAUUCAUCCAAAUCUGACAUUAAAGAUCUCAAGGAUACUGCCAUUUCAGAGCAGCCUGCUGUGUUGGUAGUGCACACACUGAAUGUGGCAGAGCCUGGCAGGAAAGCAGAAGUCCUCGUCUCUAACACUAAGUACAAUGCAGCACAAGAGGGCUCUGCCCAGCACAAAAAUGUCAUUGAGAUUGCUGAGGGAGAAUGUAUCAUUGUGCAGGAGCAGGCUUCUCCCAAUAACAUGUUUAUUCUUCCAGAGGGUGUUGGUUUUAGUGCUGUGGCAGAAGUUACUGAGGUAGAAUUGGGAAGCUGAGCAUUGUGUUUAUUUUGGAUUAUCUGGAAUUUAUGUAUUUUAUUUAUUUAGAGAAUUGAUAAAGCCGCCAGUUCACUUUCAGUGACUCUAGGUGGCUUACAAAAACUUAAAAAUCCAAUGUACAAAGAAUAAAAACAAUAAUCCACCACCCCACCCCACCCCACCCCACCUUACCUUGGCAACAACAAACAAGCAAUUUGCUUUUUCUAUAAUUAUGAAAGGGCAGCAUGAUGUCUUAAAAUCACAGAAUGCCAGAGAAGUGCAGGUAUAGUUGGUCCUCAAUUUACAAUUGUAAUGAAGCAUCAUGGCUUCAAAAUCUAAAGGACUGGUUUGGACAACACUCAGCAGCACUUUUUCAUGCGGCUGUUGAUAAAAAUAGGAUUGCCAACAUGAUUGGCAAUGUCCAAUGACAGCUAUGGCACAAGAAGAAUAAAGCCUGCCCAUUAUAGUUGGAAGUUGUGUCCAUAGCCGUAAGUGGAGGACUAUCUGCAUUUAACUUCAAAUUUGGCUGAAUUAUCAAUAUCAGGGCCUAGAGCUUUUAUGAUUGAGUUGGAUGCUAGGCUCAGUGAAUAGAUCAGAAGUUAUUUAUUAAAAAUGUUCACUAACUAACUUACGCACAGUCAAUAUUGGUUUAAAUUGAGCGAGGACUGUUUGUAUCUAUUUGCAGUUCUUUAAAAAAAAUACAGUGGUAAUGCAGACAAGCAUUGAUCAAGUGGUUCAGUUAAAUAAUUUGAAUAACUCAGUUGGUUAUAUCCCUCCACAUGGAAUGUUUAAUGUGGCUCUGAGAGCAAUCUGUCUAUUGACUAGCCAAAUCAUGUGAUUGAUAAGUGCAUACAACUUCUGCAGGGUCAUACAUGAUGUAGGAUAGGCUAAAUUAAAAAAUUGCAGUCUUGCUGAGAAUUAUAUAUCCCGAUAGUUGUGAUGUAGACAAAAUAUUUCUUUUUGAGAUCAAGUAAAUAUUGAAAUUAAUAAAACAGUCUUUGCCAAGUCUCAUUAUUCAAUGUGGUGAAACUCUUAAUAUCUCUUAACUAUUGAUAUUUCAAUAUACUCUAAACUUUCUUCGUUCUCCCCCAUAAGUAGAACUUGGGUUUUUUUUCUUUAUUUAAUAAAUCCAAGUAAGCAUUAGAGGCCUUACAGUCUAUAUCCCAAAGGUGCUUUUUCAAGAGGUAACAAAUAAAAUCCUUCCAUUCCCCAUCAUCCAGUCAGAAGCUGAAGAAGCUUUUUGGAUGAGAAGCGAAACGUCUUCAAAGAGAAGCCAGAAAGUCCAGUUGCCUCUUGAAAAAGCACCUUUGGGACAACCAUGACCUAGAUGACAGAAUCUCCAUAGACAUUGUAAUAUAAUUUAUAUACUACAAAACAGAGGCUCUAUUUAAUAAUAAGGUAAACACAUUUGUUAGGGCCCAGAGAGGCAAAUACAAAAAAUUAUCUCUUUCCACUUGGGUUUUGCAGCAUAUGUUUCCAAGGAUAAAAUUAAGAAUAAGUCUCAAUUUAGUUGCCAGAUCUGUUUCUUCCUGUACUUUCUUAAAUGAUCCUUGCUUAUAAGAAUCAGGUUUUGCUCAUUACUUAUCUUGAUUCAUAUUAAAUGUAUGGUUCCCAAAAUAUUUAAAUAAAAAUAUUUUCCUACAAUA